AUGCCGUCUUUUUCUCUGCCCAGUUCCCUCGAAGUCCCACCGGCAUCUACACCCUCAAAGACCCUGCUGCACCAUGAAGCUCACAGCUACCUUGCUCACCUUACUAGUGACCCUCACCUCCGCUCUAACCAUCUCCCCAAUCCCGAUGGGCAACAAUGGCCCGUCACCGAAUGCGGCGAUCUAGGCGUCAUGGUCGUCCCCACCGCGGAUCUCCCUGACGGCGUCCAUCCCAGCGACGUCCGCAGGUGCAGAGACCAUCCGCUGGGCCGGAAUAGAGACAUUGAGGGUGCAUCGCUGGUACCUCUUGAUCCUGUGGAUGUCCAGGCCCUGAAAGGCAAUACUGCUGCAUUGGAAGGACGUUCAGAGCCCAAGAUGCCCAACACUUCCGAGCUACAGACCUGCUACAAGGAUGCGCCGUACGGGUGCUCGAAAGGAUACUGCUGGAAGGUCUGCAGGAACAACGGCGAAUGGUGCUUGACGGCCAAGAACAGUGGGGUUGGGGCUUGCUAUAUCUGCAAUCGGUACCAGAAAUGUGGCACUGGCACGAUCUAUGCGUGUAGUAGGGGCUGUCCGAGUUGUGGUUUUUGUUGUUAA